AUGUCAGGCUCCGAAACAGUAAUUGAACAAGAAUUGCAGGACAAUAAGGAGGAAAUUAAUCCAUCCACGAGCGCAGUAAACUCACCACCUGGAAUUCCGAAGGUCAUCCUCAAUGCCCCUGAUGGGGAUACACUCAAUCAAGGGGACAAAUUAAUUUCGGAUGUCAAGCAGAGGUACUGCGAGAUUAUUCAAGUUCCAGAGGAUGGUCUCACAGUGCAUCAACUCAUCCAACUGAGGCAGAUACAGCUCAGGGUGGACAGUAUUACGGAGAUUUAUCAGGAACUCACCAAGGUCAUCAUGACCGACGAGGAUGUCACCUCCGAGGAUUUGGACGGCCACGAUAGGAUCCUGGAUUCCGAAUGGGCAGAAUUACUCACCAUCCAGGGGAGCCUGAUCGAGUCCAUUCCACACGAUCACCCGUAUCUCGCGAACGGGGUAUUCGAGCAGGCAGCCACCACUAGGAAGCAAUGCGUCAGGCUCAUCAGCAGGUUGAGGGGUCAACUAGCUAAGAAAGCUCAGCCACCCAGUAUACCACCGAGUCCUCAACACCACGAUCAGCUGAAGAGACUGGACAUCAAGCCUUUUGAUGGCAAUCCUUCACAGUGGAAGGAGUUCAGUGACCUCUUCACUUCACUGGUGGGCAGCAAAUCUACAAUUCCCCCAGUGGAGAAAUUGGUGAGGCUGAAGAGCAGCCUCAGAGGACCAGCAGCAGCUCUGAUCUCUACGAUACCCAUCAGCGAUCAGAAUUAUGAGAACGCAUGGAGAAAGCUCCAAAAGAAGUACGAUGAUCCCAGACUUUUGGCACAGUACUUAUUUAAUCGAGUCCUGGAGUUGCCAAAAAUCACCAAACCCACGGAACAGAAUCUCACCGACAACGUGGCAGCAGUGGUCGAGUCGCUGGACCAGCUCAGAACAGUGGCCGGCCUUUCAGAAGCGAACCUAACAGAACAGCUGUUCGCUCACCUCCUGAGGAAGUCCUUGGACGCAGAGACCCUCAGACAAUGGGAAUUGAAAUUGGGAGACGCCAAGGAUUUCCCCAGUCUCAAAGAGUUCGUCGUAUUCGUGGAGUCCUGUGCCAGGGGUAUCAACGCAGGGUCCAAACUCCACUCCAGACAGCAGAUCACCGCUCCCAGCAAACCACCUAUUAAGAAGAAAGGAGCUUACGCAGCAACUCAACAAGUGGAGGACAGCGCUCAGCAGAACAGUCACCAAAGGAAAGAGUGUUCCAUGUGCAAAGAGAACCACUUUGUUGAUAAGUGUCAGCAAUUCAAGGAGCUGGACCCAGUAAAGAGAAACGGCCUGGCCAUCGACAAGAAACUAUGCUUCAGGUGCCUGGGCACGCACAAAAAAGACAAGUGCAGCUCAGACGAACAAUGCCACAAGUGCAAAGGAUCUCACCACACUCUGAUCCACGGAGGCAGCAGGUACACAGGAUGGGCUCCCCCACGUCGUGACUCGGAAGCUGCAGGGUUCUCUGGAACUGCCAACAGACCUGCAGAAGAGAGGAUCGACGAGGACCAGACUAAGCCCAGUACAUCAACAGCAGCAGUUAACCUCAACAAUCAGAUGACCAAUGGGAACCAGCAGUCAAAUCAACCUUCAGAAGAUCAACAAUCGGUGCUGUUGGCGACAGCCCGAGUUACAGUGAAAUCACCACGAGGAUUCUCCAGCAGAGCCAGAGUCCUCAUCGAUCAGGGUUCAGAGGUGUCAUUUAUCUCAGAAAAACUAGUAAAUCAAAUGCACUUGUCCAGGAAAUCAACAACGUUGGAAUUCAUCGGAAUUGGAGGAGUUAAUUCCGGCAGCAUGAGAGGAUUGGUAUCAGUUACACUUCAGGCAAUCAACGGAAAUCAACAGGUUCAGAUCAGUGCCCACAUAUUAAAGAGACUCACCGCAAUUCUACCAUCGUUCUCAUGUGCCUCAGCGAACAUCGGUUCAUUAGAAAAUCUACAGCUAGUAGAUCAGCAGUAUCUCAAGCCCGGACCAAUCGAUAUCAUCAUAGGGGCUGACAACUACGGGCGAAUCAUCAGAGAUGAAGUUGUCAAGUCAAAGCAGUCAAAAGUCGUCGGCCAACGCACAGUCUUUGGUUGGAUUCUAUCAGGUCCAAUCAACUGCACCGGUUGUUCAGCGAGGAUCUCCCUAUCAGCUGUAAGGACCUCCUCAAACGAACAACUUCUAGAACUUCUCCAGAAAUUUUGGGUCCAGGAAGAGUUACCAGUUCAGCAGUCAGAAAAUUCAGAGUUAUCACCAGACGAGCUGGAGUGUGAGAAACACUUCAGGUUUACACACAGCAGAGAUUCAACGGGACGGUACAUAGUGAGGCUCCCGUUGAAAACCUCCACAGCAGCUCUCGGGGAGUCGAAAUUCAAGGCUUCGGGUCAGCUCAGAUCUACAAUCAGCAAACUCACCAAUAAUCAGGCAUAUGCCCAGCUGUACAAGGAGUUCAUCAACGAGUACGAGACUUUGGGUCAUAUGCAAAGAGCACCAGAGACAGCAGAACCCGUUCCAGUUUAUUAUCUUCCACACCACGGGGUUCUGAGAGCAGAUGCAAUCACCACAAGGCUGAGAGUCGUCUUCAAUGGCUCCAGCCCCACUUCAUCAGGAACGUCACUCAACGACAUUCUACAUCCAGGUGGAAAACUUCAGACCAACGCCAUGGACGUUCUAACAUGGAUGAGAAAGCACAGGCUCGUGUUUGGCACUGACAUAGUCAAGAUGUUCAGGCAAAUACGAGUUCAUCAGGACGAUUGGGACCUGCAGAGAAUUUUGUGGGUUGAUGACAACAAACAGCAAAUCUCCUACANUUGGAGGAGUUCAGAUCAGUGCCCACAUAUUANCGUCGAGACAAUCACCAGAGGUCGUUACGUAGACGACAUCUACGGCGGAGCAGACUCACCAGCAGAACUCAAGGAGAUAGUAUGGCAGUUACAAGGACUUUGCCAGGCAGGAGGCUUCCCUCUCCAGAAAUGGAGCAGUAAUUGCCCUCAGCUCUUGCAUGAGCUUGGCCUAUCAAUAGAGGAAGAAGUCAUUCAGUUUGAAGAGUCCGUCACCAAGGUACUGGGUCUGUGUUGGCAUCAGUUGUCCGACACAUUCCAGUACAAAUGCAGAGACUUCAGCACAGAGACGAUCACCAAGAGAAUUGUCUCUUCAGAGAUAGCCCAGAUCUUCGAUCCUUUGGGAUUUAUCGCUCCAGUCGUCGUCCAGGGGAAAAUUCUCCUUCAGGAUCUCUGA